AUGUGCCAGCAUCAAAUCACUUCGCAAGAUAUCGCAGAUACCUACCAACUUCUAUGUACCUGGGAGCGUGAGUUCGAGUUACUGUACUACCAGCUCAAAGAAGAUCAUCUCCAGAUGGUGCGGCCCUGCGUACAUCAAACCUCUCAUCUUGUCUCAGAGACAAUCCAAAAAGGUCCUCCCAUAUGUUAUGCUCAAUGGACAAUGGAGCGCAUGAUCGGGAAUCUCGGUCAAGAAAUACGCCAGCCAUCACAGCCUUAUGCAAAUUUGUCGCAAGAGGGAGUACGACGCUGCAGAGUUAACACACUUCUAUCUGCAAUGCCAGAACUCGGCGAUCCUCCAAAAGGACUUCCACCAGGCGCUGUUGAUUUGGGUGAUGGGUAUAUACUGUUGCACAAACAAGACAGGUACCCAUUAUUCCCUGCAGUCGGAGAUGUUGCAGAAGCCAUACAAGAUUUCCUGGGGCAUGGUCGUAUACUUCCUUGCAUCAAACGUUGGGCGCGGCUACUCUUACCAAAUGGACAGGUAGCACGCUCUGCCUGGAGGGAGACCCUUAAGUCACUCGAGCAAACUCGCAUGUCGCGUAAUGUCAAACACGAAGGCCAGUAUCGCUUUGGUGAAGUCUUGUACUUCACUAGACUUGCUGUCAAAGCGGACACUGACCAUGAUGAUGAUUGGCGAUUUGCUGAUGUCGCUGUCAUUCGAAUGUACUCUCUACCAGAUGAAGAUCUACUCCGCCUCUCCUCACACACUGUCGCAUCUUGCACUCACCUUGACACUGUUUCUAUUGUCGAUGUCAAACAAAUCAUCAGCAUUGUUGUGAUGGUUCCACACAGGCCAACAUUGCCUUCAGGAGUUACAGAGGAUUGUUUCUUCAUGGUAGAGAAGCCUGGCUUAGAUGUAUCAAACCUUGGAGUGCCUUACGGUCAUGGUGCAGGUGAAGACAACGAUGACAAUGACAUAGACAAUGAAGGCAUUGAAUAA